AUGCCAGGUGAAGGAAAAGUAAAAACAUAUUAUUUUUCAGUAAACAAAUACAUUGAAUGGAUUAAAGAUCUCGAAAAGUCAGGUCUAAGUUAUUGUCACCAUGAUCAUCGAAGUGUUGCUGGAAAAAGCUCAAAUAAAAAAUCACAUUUGGUACAAAAAGAUUCUAAAAAAUGCAAAUGUAUAAGUUAUAUUUUUGUUGUACUUCUCGUUAAAUCAUUGACAGUAACCUUAAAGUAUUACUAUAAGCAUCGUAACCAUCGGCCCAGUCAGCUUUCAGACCUGUGUACACUCCAACUUUCUGAUAAUAUUCGACAAUUUAUUCAACAGCAUGCACUUGAGGGACUUGAUGUCUUUAGCAUACAUAAACUUAUACGAUUUCGGGCAAUAGAAUUACAGGAUCAGUUAUUUAUUAAAGCAAAAAAACCUGCUAAACAUUCAAAUUCAUUUAUUCUAAUUGACAUCUUGUAA